ACCCAUGCAAAUUUUACAAGCUUUAUUCACAAGCAAACUCCUGGUGGUUUCAGACGUCUUGUGCCUAUUCCUAGUUUCCAUCCCAUUCUUGGCAAGUGAGCUGAAGGCCGUCAGACCAUACAGAAGAGGUUUCAGUUGUGGAGACCCCAGCAUCGCCUAUCCGUACCUGCUCUCAGAGGUCAUACCGGACACAUUACUCAUUGCUGCCGGCAUCCUUAUCGCGGGCCUCGUAGUCGUUGUAGGGGAAUGUUACCGUGUGCGCUUACUCGGUGUCAGCACCAAGUCCUUCGUUAGGAACAAGUAUGUGUCCUGUCUCUACAAGGAGUUUGGCGCCUUCCUGUUUGGCUGCUUCGUCGGCCAAUCCCUGACAAACACGGCCAAGCUGAGCGUUGGCCGUCUGCGGCCGCACUUCUUGUCGGUGUGUGGCGUCACCUACACGUCACUCAACUGCACGGAAGGAACUUAUUUGGAGUCUGUCAGCUGCCCCAGCACUGACCACCGCUCUAUAGAAGAGGCCAGGAAGUCCUUCUUCUCAGGUCAUGCCUCUUUUGCGAUGUACACAAUGCUGUAUUUAGCUUUUUAUCUUCAAGCGCGGUUGACAUGGCGCAAAGCUCGCCUGCUAAGACCCGUGCUCCAGUUCUUCCUGUUUCUGCUGGCCAUCUACACAGGUCUGACCCGCGUCACUGACAACAGACACCACCCAUCGGACGUCGUGUUCGGCUACAUAAUUGGAGCCUUCACUGCAUACUGGGUGGCCUUCUACAUCUCAUCCAUGUUUAAGAGACCCAGCUUGAAUCAGUCUCCAAUUGAGACCCAGGAUAACCAGUUACCAGCACAGCACAGCAUCUGCUAA